GGCGAGACUACAAGUUUCCAUCUUAUAUACAUUACCACUCGGACAGAUCAGAAAGCAUCAUUGACCAGAGGUAACCCAGUUUCAGAAAGAAAUGGGUUUCCAAAAAUCCCAAUUGCUUUUCUUUUUCUUGCUUGUAGCUCCACUAAUAUGCCUCUCUUUUAGCCUCCCUAGUGAGUACUCCAUUGUUGGUAAUGACCUUCAUGAGCUGCUUUCAGAGGAACGUGUAAUCGAGCUCUUUCAACAAUGGAAACAGAAGUACAGAAAGGUUUACAGGCAUGCAGAGGAGACAGAAAAGAGGUUCGAAAAUUUUCGUAGGAACUUGAAGUAUGUGAUCGAAAAGAAUGCAAAGAGAGAGUCGCAUUCAGGGCAUACAGUUGGGUUGAACAAGUUUGCUGAUAUGAGCAAUGUGGAGUUUAGGCAACGAUAUUUGUCGAAAGUGAAAAAACCCAUCCGUAAAAAUAGCAAUCUGAAGACUAAUAGGUGGCAGAGAAAUUUGCAGACCUGCGAUGAUGUGCCUUCGAGCUUGGAUUGGAGGAAGAAGGGAGUUGUUACUGCUGUUAAGGACCAAGGAGACUGUGGAAGUUGUUGGUCAUUCUCUACAACUGGCGCAAUAGAAGGAGUAAAUGCCCUGGUCACUGGAGACCUCAUUAGCCUUUCAGAACAAGAACUUGUCGAUUGUGAUUCAACCAAUGAUGGAUGUGAUGGAGGCUAUAUGGACUAUGCUUUUGAGUGGGUUAUUGACAAUGGUGGAAUUGAUACAGAAGCUGAUUAUCCUUACACUGGUGUAGAUGGCACCUGCAACACCACCAAGGAGGAGAAAAAAAUUGUAUCCAUUGAUGGGUACGAAGACGUAGCUGAAUCAGACAGUGCUCUCUUGUGUGCUACUGCUCAUCAACCUAUUAGUGUGGGUAUGGAUGGUUCUGCAAUCGAUUUUCAACUUUAUACAAGCGGGAUCUAUGAUGGUAGCUGCUCUGAUAAUCCUGACGACAUAGAUCAUGCUGUUCUUAUCGUUGGUUAUGGCUCCGAAGAUGAUGAAGAUUAUUGGAUUGUGAAGAAUUCAUGGGGUACAGAUUGGGGUAUGGACGGUUAUUUCUAUCUAAGAAGGAACACUGAUCUAGCAUAUGGUGUUUGUGCUGUCAAUGCAAUGGCCUCUUAUCCAACUAAAGAAUCCUCUGCUCCAUCUCCAACUAGUCCUCCUUCACCACCAUCACCCCCUCCACCACCAUCACCUCCACCACCACCAUCACCACCGCCGCCGCCUCCUCCACCUCCCUCUCCUUCACCAAGUGAAUGUGGGGACUUUUCUUAUUGUCCAAGUGAUGAGACAUGCUGUUGCAUUUUUGAAUUCUGUGAUUUCUGCCUGGUCUAUGGUUGCUGUCCUUACGAGAAUGCUGUUUGCUGCACUGGCACCGAAUAUUGUUGCCCCAGUGAUUACCCCAUUUGUGAUGUUGAUGAAGGGCUCUGCCUCCAGAGCCAAGGAGAUUACCUGGGAGUGGCUGCAAAGAAGCGACAUAUGGCUAAGCACAAGUUCCCCUGGAGCAAGCUAGAUGAAAGAAAACAAGAGAGAACAAAUCAACCUCUCCAGUGGAAGAGGAACCCUUUCGCUGCGAUUCGCUAAAGAAAUUGUGAUCCCUUAAGAAUUUGAAGGUCGUGUGAUUGCAAGUCUUUGUUAUUUUAUUUGUCGCCCAGGCAGGCAUUCAGUCAUCCUGAUUCCUGCUACAAACAUGUGGUUGAUUGGCAUUUAAAAUGUCUGUAGCAGGCAAACGCAGGAAAAGAAGAGACUAAUAAAAGGGGAAAUUUGGGUAGGUGUUGAAUUUGGAUGGUCUUCUGGAGACAAAUAUUUUAUUUUAUUUUAUUUUAUUUUAAUUUAUUUUUUCCAUUAAGAGUGUUAUGAAGAGUGUUCCGUGGCUUGCAGCAUUUUUUGAGCCAUAUUUACUAUUGUUAUCAAGGCCUUGUAAUAUAAUUCACUAUAUGGGUUUAAAAUAAGGGAUAGUCUUAAAUUUUAAAUAA